ACCUAAUUUAUUUGCUUUUCUAUAGAAUCAGUUAAUUUACUAUGGUUUCAUUCAAACAUCUUGCAUUACUUACACUCGUUGGCUCCGCUAAUUGUUUAUCCGUCCAUGCCACCACUGGUUACUUCAACCAAGCCGCGCAACUCUUCAAAUCCAACCCUGAUCAAUCAGUCCUCAAUCUCCCACCACCACAUCACGACACUGAGCCUAUUCCAGGUGACUCACCCUUGGAAAAGUGCGACAUUACCGAAGUGCAAUUGUUGACUCUUGAAGAAAUAAACUUGCUUCCUAAUCCACCUAAAGCUGGCGCUAACUUGACUUUCACCGCUACUGGAUUUGUCGGCAAGACCAUCGAACCAGGGGCAUAUGUUGAUGUGGAUGUGCGUUAUGGAUUCAUUAAGUUGAUUCAUCAAACUUUUGACUUGUGUGACGAAGUCGAAAAGGUGGACUUACAAUGUCCUAUCAACAAGGGCAACCAAGUCAUUAGCAAGAUUGUUGCAAUCCCAGAAGAAGUUCCUCCAGGAAGAUACUUUGUUACUGCUAGAGCUUAUACUAAGGAUGACGAGUAUAUUACUUGUUUGAGUGCAGUUAUCGACUUCCCUGUCGUUAGAAACUAAUCUGCUAGGGGUGCUUAUAGAAGGAGCGGGGGGUUUCGCUUGCCAGAGCAUUUGCUAAUUGCUAAUAGCUAAUACUACAACUAUCUAGAUUUCUCUAUUUGAAAUGGUUUCCCAUUGAUUUUGUGUUUUCUCUUUUAAUAAAUGCAUGUUUUACUAUU